AUGAUUGUCUUUGCAACUGCUACUACUUUUCACAUUGCUUUGCAGCUGGUACUACUUUUCCACCUACGCUCGCAAUACGACGUCGUUUGUCAUUGCAUUGAAGCCAAAACGACAUCGUCUGUCACAAUUUCCUUUGAAGCACUGUGGUUCAUGCAUCUGAUGCAUCGAGCGCCUCAAUAUAUCAAUUUUAUACUGAUGGCUUCAAUUAAUUGCUUCACAGUCAGCUGGGUCUACAUCAAGCAGUCAUUAGUUCCAUCCUUCCAUUACAGUUUGUUCAUCGAUCUUGGCUACGACUCAUCAAUCUUCGUUUUCUGCAUUUUCUCCGUGCGAGCUAUUUUUUACUGUUCGCAGUUGUUCUUCCUCUUCAAGCUGGAGAAUAGAUCGUCUCAGCUUCAGAUACGAUCGUCUAAAAAUUUGUUCUCAGAAUACCAGGCCUCAACAAUGGAUUAUACACCAUUAAGAAACUUGGAAAUGGGUCAGCGCGGGAGCACGAUAAUUGUCCGUGUUGCAAGGAUGUGGGAUUCUACAAACCCAUCACAACAAGACCAGCUGAUGAGUGUUGACCUCCUCUUUGUUGAUGAACAGGGAACAACAAUACAAGGCUCCAUUAGAAAAGAAUAUGCAGACAGGAUAACGGAAUUUUUGCUGGAGGGACAUAUCUAUAAAAUAUCAAAUUUCUUUGUUGGAGCUGCAAGAAAGACUUUUAAAGUUUCAAAGCACGAGCACAUUAUCCGAAUUGGAACAUGGACCAUCAUAUCAGAAAUGUCUGAUACCAAAGAUGACAUUCCAAUGAAUUGUUUUAAUUUUGUGGACGACCAGGUAUUAGAAUCAAGAUUAUACAAUGAUGUUGAGCUUACUGAUGUGAUGGGUCACUUAACUUCUGUUUUAAGGCUUACAACAACUUUUGCUAAUGGAAGGAUGGUUGGUAAAAAAAACCUACUUAUCCAAACUCUUAAGUAAGAUUUUUGAUAUCUGCAAAUGUUUUAAUUUAUCUAACAAUUUGACACACACUACAUGCACUGAUAAUAAAGUACUAAAUCCAACUGCAAGACUAUUCCAGUCACCUUAUGGGGUAGAGUAGCUGAUGAAUUUAUUGAAGACAAUAUAUGAAAGAUCCCUAAAAAACAUCCUAUAAUAAUUGUCCUUACAGGAAUGACUGUGAAAUCAUUUCGAGGUAAUUUUAAAAAGUUUUCAUAUUUAAGUGUUCAGUCUAUUGAAUAAACUGAGUAAAUAUGUGUACUCUAAUGACUAUGUUUCUUAAUGCAGGUGACACAACACUGUCAAGUACAUCAGCCACCAAAAUUUACCUUAAUCUGGAUAUAGAAGAAGUUCACAAAUUCCGCAGCAAGGCAAAAAAUUCAUUACUGUCGCAUCGAUAGUAGAGAUAGACGCAUCAAAGGGCUGGUGGUAUAAUGCAUGUCCAAAAUGUAAGGUCGGUAUCAGCAACUAUCAAGGAAAAUUGUCCUGCAACAAGUGUGGACCGACAGAGAAAAUGGCAAUCCCAUGGUACAAAGUAAAUGUCAAUGUCACAGACGGAAUACAUGGUGCUAAAUUUCUCCUCUUCGGGAAACAUUUUGAGAGACUAAUCAACAUACCAGCGGCCACUUUGUCUGAACUUCCAACUUCUGUUAGAACAGAAGUUCCGGAAAUCAUGCAAAAUUUGUAUGCCAAAACAUACAACUUCACUGUAUCCAUUAAUGAGAGGGACAACAACUCUGAUAUCUUAACAUUUAAUGUCUCUCAAGUUUAUGAAGAUGAAAAGCUAAUGACAAAUGAUGCGAUGAAAAAGAAGGCACUUCUGGAA